GCCUCCCCCAACAUGGCGGCGGCAGGGGGCAAGCCAGAGCUAGGCCCCGCCCCUUCCUCUAUGGGUUGUCCGGCUAGCAGCCGAGCGCUCUCCGUCGCCAUAGCAACCCGCUCUCCUUCCCCCCCCCCCGGGGUCCGGCCCGUCUUAUCGCGAGAGGCGAGCGUGGGGGCAGCGGCCGGGUCUCUAGACACCUGCUCCCCACGGCACGCGAAGCGGGGGUGAGGGAGAAGGAGAGGUUAGGUAGGAGGCUUCCGGUCCGGAAGUGACGUGGAGGAGCGGUGUUCUGACAGGUAGAGGCGGCAGGUGGAUGCAGGUACCCAGCUCGAGCCAGCCGUUUCCGGCACUUUGGUGUAAACGGAGUCUCAGGUCAAAAGACUCCAGCCAGCAAGAGCAAUGUUUGGAGACUUGGACUAUGACAUUGAGGAGGAUAAACUUGGGAUCCCCACCGUUCCUGGAACAGUAACCUUGAAGAAGGACACUCAGAAUCUGAUUGGGAUCAGCAUUGGGGGAGGAGCACAGUACUGUCCCUGUCUCUAUAUUGUUCAGGUGUUUGAUAACACUCCGGCAGCCCUAGAUGGAACUGUGGCGGCUGGCGAUGAAAUCACAGGAGUGAAUGGGAAGUCAGUAAAAGGGAAAACCAAAGUGGAGGUAGCCAAAAUGAUACAGGUGGUAAAGGGAGAAGUGACUAUUCACUACAACAAGCUCCAAGCCGACCCAAAGCAGGGCAAGUCCUUGGAUAUCGUGUUAAAGAAAGUGAAGCACCGAUUGGUGGAGAACAUGAGCUCGGGUACAGCAGAUGCCUUGGGACUAAGCCGAGCCAUCCUCUGCAAUGAUGGAUUGGUGAAGAGGCUGGAGGAGCUGGAGAGAACCGCAGAACUGUACAAAGGCAUGACAGAGCACACCAAGAGUCUCCUUAGAGCUUUCUUUGAACUCUCCCAGACACACAGAGCGUUUGGAGAUGUUUUCUCGGUCAUUGGUGUACGGGAACCACAGCCAGCUGCCAGUGAAGCCUUUGUGAAAUUUGCAGAUGCCCAUCGCAGCAUCGAGAAAUUUGGGAUCCGCCUACUGAAAACUAUCAAACCGAUGCUGACUGACCUGAACACAUACCUGAACAAAGCCAUUCCCGACACAAGACUGACCAUCAAAAAAUACCUGGAUGUCAAGUUUGAGUACUUGUCUUACUGCCUGAAAGUGAAGGAGAUGGAUGAUGAGGAAUACAGCUGCAUUGCACUGGGCGAGCCCCUCUACAGGGUCAGCACUGGGAACUAUGAGUAUCGCUUAGUCCUACGCUGCCGCCAGGAGGCACGCACACGUUUUGCCAGGAUGAGGAAGGAUGUGCUGGAGAAGAUUGAACUGCUGGACCAGAAACAUGUGCAGGACAUCGUGUUCCAGCUCCAGCGCUUUGUCUCCACCAUGUCCAAGUACAAUGAUGACUGCUACGCCGUGCUCCGGGACGCAGAUGUCUUUCCCAUCGAAGUGGACCUAGCACGCACCACCCUGAGCUAUGGUCAGAAGGACGUCUUCUCAGAUGGGGCAGAGGAGGAAGAGGAAGCAGGAGAGCGAGAGGCCAGGAGGAAGGAGGAAGCAAAUGGCGAAAAGCUUAUUGAUGAUGCCUGAAUAUGCUGACACAGCGGGUGGGAAAGACAUUAGAGACUGAUAAAAUCUGUUUCACAUGGUGA